AUGCUUUUAUUGACUGUUGUGGCCAUAUCACUAAGUUCUUUUCAAUAUGGAUGGGCUAUCGGGGUUGUUAACGCUCCACAAAAAAUAGUAAUGGCCUGGUAUAACCAAACGCAUUAUGAAAGACACCAAACACCCAUGAAGCCUUCACAAAUUACAGUGCUCUGGGCUAUAACUGUUUCAAUAUAUAAUGUCAGCGGUUUGUUUGGAGGAUUGACAUCUGGUUACUUUUGUGAUAAAUUUGGGCGCAAAAAGACACUUCUCAUCAAUAACUCGAUCACAUUUUUGGCCGCCAUUUUGUUAAUAACGGCUAAGACUGCAUCCUCGUUUGAAAUGGUUAUUAUAUCUAGACUCUUAAUAGGAUUUAAUUGUGGCAUAACAUCUAGUGCGGUGUCGAUAUAUUUAGCAGAAAUUUCUCCAGUAAAUAUCAGGGGUGCCAUGUGUUCUGCACACCAGGUUUCACUCAGUUUCGGAAUUCUAUUAUCCCAGAUCAUAGGUUUACCGCAUGCAUUGGGAACUGAUCAUGGGUGGCCUACACUAUUUGGUUUAAAUAAUUAUCCCAUGCAUUACACAUUUUUAAAUAAUAAUCAUCAUUUAGCUUUAUCCGUGAUCCCAGCAAUUAUGCAAUUAAUAAUAUUGCCAUUGUUGCCAGAAAGUCCUAGAUAUCUAUUGAUUUAUCGAGGGAAAGAAAAAGAUGCUAAAAAAGCUCUUUAUCGAUUAAGAAAUAGUAAAGAAAUUGAUGAUGAAAUCGAACAGAUGAAAGUAGAAUACGAGGAUCAAGGAAGAUUACCCAAGGUAACAUGGGCAGAUAUGAUUAAAAAGCAAGUUUAUAGGAAACCGUUAAUUAUUGCAAGCGAAACUCACAUCUCUCAACAACUCUCAGGAAUAAGUGCUGUCAUGUCAUAUUCAACAAGCCUUUUUUUAAAAGCGGAUCUCCCUUAUCAAUCAGCAAUCUAUGCUACAAUCGGUUUAGGAGUCCUUUAUUUUCUUUUGUGCGGUCUAUCUUCAUUAGUAAUCGAAAGGGCUGGCAGAAGAACCCUUUAUUUAACAGGAUUAGGUGGAAUGUGGUUUAGCAGCAUUUUUCUGACUAUCAUGUUAGUUUUGGGUAGUAAACCUGACAAAUCUUGGGCAUCAUAUCUGGCGAUACUCUUUGUAUUCACCUAUGUAGGAUUUUGUGCUAUAGGACCAAGCGUAAUAGCUUGGUUUAUAGCCACCGAACUUUUUACACAAGCAGCAAGACCUCAUGGGUGUAGUUUAUCCGUGUGUUUUAAUUGGCUUUCAAGCUUUAUAGCCGUGCUGUUAUUUCCAAUAUUAUUAAUGGAAUUAAACAAUUACGUUUUCCUAGUAUUUACAGUGUUGUUGACAUUAUUCUGGCUUUACACCUAUUUCUACCUGCCAGAGACUCAAGGUAGAACUUCAGAUGAGCUCGCUCGUCUCUUCAUGACUCCUCAAGAAAAGAGCAAAAUUUAUCAAUUUUGGAAAAAUUAUCACUUCAAAAAAGGCAAUAAAAAUACUCCGCAUCUGCACGACCACGAUCAUAAAACUCAUUUUUAA